CCACUGUGUCCCUCAGACAUAGCGGAUCACGGAAAGAGCCGAAGAUGUCAGCUCGGUCAUGUGAUCAGCUGUGUCCAAUCACAGCUGAUCACAUGGGUCAUGUACACUGAUCAUCAGGGCACUGAUGAUCAGUGUGCCCUGAUGAUCAGUGUGGGCCCAGAAGUGCCACCUGUCAGUGCUCAUCAGUGCCAGUGCCCAUCAGUGCCACAGCAAUGCCAUAUAUCAGUGCAUACCAGUGCACAUCAAUGCCACAUAUCAGUGCAUACCAGUGCACAUCAAUGCCACAUAUCAGUGCCCAUCUGAGCUGCCUUUCAAUGUCACCCAUCAGUGCCAGUCAGUGCCACCUAUCAUUG